GCAUCCAUCUUUAUAAGUUCUCGCGUGAAACUGAUCUAGCCAGGACAUCGCAGAAUGAAGUCUUAGACGGAAUUACCUAGAUCUCUAUUGGGAGGCCCUUCUCAAUUCGAGCCACGAAUUACCGCUCUUCUAGAUCUGAACAAUGUCGGCCAUCUUAUUAGGACGGGCAGGGCGAGGUACGGUUACUCGUAGCUUGGCUCGCGUUCGCCCAUCUAUGGCAUCAACUCUUCUUACUCAAAGAGGACCAACCAUGGCGAUGCAUAACACGAAUUCGACGAACACAGCUUCUUCAACUCCCUCAAACAACACUGGCCAGUCGGCAAGCAUCAACCAACCACCAUUUGAGCGCCGUGCCUUUGAAUUUGAUAAAGGGUUCUUCAAAGAGCAUGCAAACGAUCCCGAGAUACUAGAUCCGCAGAACUCUAACGAGGACUUGGGUUACCGGAUUCCGACUCAUCGUUUCCAAUUUCGAGGUUUAGCCAUCUUAACUGAGAGUCGCACCGCCGUAUCCGCGGCUGCGAUCAAGCCUGACAAGCCGUACAACGACUGCCCGUCUCGUAAGGUGCAUAACGAGCAACAAAGAACCCUCUGGCAACAGAUACGGGAAGAAGCCGAGAAAGACGACAACAUCCCUACAGCCUUAUUCUCACCUCCGCGGACAUACGUCGAAGUGCGCGUGUCUAAAUACCCUAUGACGCGCUACUGCUGCCCCUGCAGUAUCGAGGAGACUGAUUGCGAGGCCAUCAAGAUCCGUGCACCAAAGGACUCGCCAGAUGGGAUCACGAAGAGCAUGUUCAUUCAGCAAGUGAGUGACGCAUUGUACGGACGAGGCCCAGAAGCGGACGGGGACGGGGAUAGCGAGAGCGAUGGCUACAAGAUAGGAGGUGAAGAGGACAGGCCUGUCGUCGAAAAGUUUGAUUAUAUGCUAGGUCCCGGCGAUGAUGCUAGACUCAUGGGACAUAUCUUCGCCUUGACUAGAGGCAUUGUGACAAAGCAACAGGCGUAAUAACGUCCGGUGCCAAAGAUGGAAAUAAUCACCCCUCAAUAAACUAAACGCCACUCAUGAACAAAUUAGUUACUGCAAAUGAUAGCCUCGUCUGGUGAGCUCUAGCAGCGGGAGUGAGAUAUCUCGGCCCACGUUAUUGGCUAAUUAGGAGAUAAAGUUAUUAUGUAAUGUUAAGUUCGAUGAUGGGGUACUUAGGAGCUUCUCAUCGCUUCGGCGGCGUCGAAAACUCGGAACUCUGAAAUCUCACGAGUAAGACGCCCAGCCAAUUAAGGAUGUCGUGAACCUCAGAAUAGCACCUAGUCUGGAAUUCUUCGAUCCUUUGAUGUAGUAAGGACGUUCGAAGUGGCACCACAACUGAAACGUUUCAUUAAGAAGUUAAGAACAAAAUAGAUCGGCGCAGCGCUAAGCUUUUGGGUGUCAAUUGCAGUACCGACGGCAUGAAGUCGAAAUUGCUAUACGAUAAUGCGCUUAG